CGCACGCGCACUGAGUCCACAACUACCAAGUCCCAUACACAGCGAGCUAGACAUCAACAAGAGAGAACGGUAUCUCGAUGCUGUGGAAUUGUGAGAGUAGUUCGGCAACAUUGUAACGACGCGUGUUCAAGGUUAUUAAUUUGUAUCAGCUACGUUCGACUUGCAUUUAAGAUGUUUGGCUUUCACAAGCCAAAGAUGUACCGGAGUUUAGACGGCUGUUGCAUUUGCCGCGCCAAGUCCUCCAGCUCACGCUUCACCGACAGCAAGCGGUACGAGAAUGACUUCACGAGCUGUUUCGGAUUAUGUGAAACUCGGUCUGGAGAAAUCUGCAAUGCCUGUGUACUCCUGGUGAAACGAUGUAAGAAACUCCCAGUGGGGUCUAAGAAAAACUGGAAUCACGUGGUUGAUGCCCGAGGAGGCCCCAGCCUAAAGAUUUCCUCCAGGCCAAAGAAACGGAAGUCCCUCUCCAAGAGAGCCAUGCCAAUCCAGAUCAGCCGACUGCAGAAAGAGCUAAAGAGGAACAACUCUGAUGCCCACAGCACCACGUCCAGUGCCUCCCCGGCCCAGUCUCCCAGCUACAGCCACCCUUCAGAUGAGGGCUCCGACACAGAGCUCUCCCCAGGCUCCAGCCGCUCCCCUGUCUUCUCCUUCCUGGACCUCACCUACUGGAAGAGGCAGAAGGUGUGUUGUGGGAUCAUCUACAAGGGCCGCUUUGGGGAGGUGCUCAUCGACCCUCACCUCUUCAAGCCCUGCUGUCGCAAGAAACGGCAACAGCAGCGGCAGGAUGAGGAGGUUGUGGAAGAGGUAGAAGUGGCGGAAGAGGUGGUGGUGAGGAAGGAAGACGAGGUGGUGAGGUCAAACAGCCAGGAGAGCUCAGAGAGUCCUCAGCUACAGGUCAUCACGACAACAUCUCAGACCAAAGUGGAGGUUGAGGAGGAAGACUGGCGAUAUUGCACCACAGUGUGAGCAUCUUUGAGGAAGCCUACGGAAUGCUUCUGGUUUACAAGCUCUUACAAGAAGAAGUUACCGCUGAUUGCCUUUAGUCAGCGAGUAGCUGAAUCCUGUCGUUUUGUUUGUUUGGUAACUUAUAGACUGACUGAGGCAUAUGGACUAGUUUUUCCCCAAUUCAUCUGGUCUUGUUGUACUUAGUAUUGUCCUGGGUUCGUCUUCAUUAGGCUUGGGCAUGCAACUGAAAAUGUUUGAAAAAGUUCUGCAACGGAAAAUGAGUAUUUAUUAUUGGGCAAGUCCAUGUAGUCCACUCCGUGUUGCAAAUCCAUUUUCUUCCGUUUGGUGCCUUAUGAACACAACCCAGAUGUUCGGACACCUCUCUUGGUGUUUUUCUCCUUGACAUAAAAUGCUGUAGUUUUGACUGAUCGGCAGAAUACCUUAAUUAACAGGUAACAGCCGUACAGUAGCACUUGUAUUAUUGUGAAACAAAUUCACAUUCACACUAUAUUUAUCUAUUCUGUAUAUAUGGGCCUGUAUGUAUUUCUAUAUGGGCCACGGUCGAGAGCCUGUUCACAGCACCAACAGCCAAUACACCAGCCUUAAUUUAGUGAGGGAAGGCAGUGCUAGUGUUUUGUCAGUGUUGGUACUUAGGGAUGAUAUUAAGGGAAAAUGUUCCAAUUGAAACUUCAUAUUCAUCAUCUCCAGCACCACACCAACACCGGUGUGUAAACUGUGUUUUUUUGUGUUGUGUAAUCAAAAAGAUGCACACCAGAAAAGAUAUUAUUCUAGAUGAUGUCAUCUGGUGUGCAUCAUGUCAUUUUAACCAAUUAUGAGUUAGUAAUUUUGACCAGGUGAUGCUCCUGCUCAGACGUUGCAUGCAUCAACCAAUGGUUGCGUGCCAUUAUAGCAACUGUGACAUGGACUGAUAGAUUGCUAUAACGUAGGUGGUCCUGUGUGGCUCAAUUGGUAGAGCAAGUUGUUUACAAUACCAAAUAUCAUGGGUUCCAUUCCCACUGAGGCCACCCGCAUAUAAAAGUGUCUGCUAAAUGGCAUAUGUAUAUUAUUAUUAUGUGGUUAGCUGAUACGUAAAAUACCUAUCCAGGUGUUGUAAGAUUUGUCUGGUGUCAACAACGCCUAGGCUGAGGAACGCUACCAAUUUCUAAAGUGUUUCCUGAAUGAUGUCCUCAUCUUUUGUUACUACAAAAUAUAGAAAUGGGCUGUUUUUAUAUAUAGUAUGUUGAUGUUUGGUUGGUGGAGAUGAUGAAUAUGAAGUUGAAAAUGGUGAAAUGUCUCCUUUUUUUAAGGCAAUAGUUAGUGCUAGAUAGGUAGUUUGCGUUUUCUCCAGCUUAUUAUGUUAACGUUUGCAACGGAGGCCUAAGGUUUUCAAAAUGAAGUAAAGCAACACUAGUGUGCUUUGCAUAAAUGCCGAAGAAAUAACCCCUCUCAUCCAGAAGAUCUGUAGAUCAGAUGCAUGAGUCAAAUAUGCUAUUUCAUGACCUUAAAAGCAUAUUACUCUUAUUUUAAAUCUUGCUCUUAUUUUCCAGACCCAAUGCCCCCAAAGUAUUUUUUAUUUAUAUAUUACAUAUAAAACAUGUCUUCACCAUAUUAUAAAUCAGCAAAUGCAAUAGUAACCUGUUCAGAUCGUGAAAUAUUCCUCCUGGAGGCCUGGCUGGAUACCUUUUUGGUUAUUACUGUCAAUAAUGGGACAUGAUUGUCAUUACCACACACACAGUGGAUCUACUGCAACAACUUAGACCUACAAUGCAAUGAAAUAACCCACAUGAGCACAACUCUAUCUGUCCCCCCCUGUUGUCAAAAACAUUUUUUUUAUUUUUUAUUCUGGGGAAUUGUUAUCUUUUCUAUUUGUCUUUUGUCUGCAGGACUUCCGUAUAAUUUAAACUUCAUGAUACAUAUGUCAAUUCUAUUGAUCGUUAUUUAGGCAUUUUAUACUUUUGAGGACUUACUAUCAUGUUCAAACUUAGAAUUCAUCAUUCCUUGGUUAGUUAAGCAACUGCUAUAUACUAGCCUACAUUAUCAAACCAAAACCAAAGCACACUUAAAUUCAUUCCAUUUCAAAUGCAAAACAGGUUAUUUAGUCAUUUAUUUGUAACUUGAGUGGUAUAAAAAGGACACUAAAAUCAGUCUUUAAUUAUCCAUACUAUAGGGAAGAUUGUAUGUAUAUGGACAUAUUUCAAUGGGGGGUUGAGGGCUUUCUAAUUAAAUGUUUAUUUAUUUCAUAUUGACUCGGUACUUCCUGUAUACUGUUAUAGCUGUGUUAUUUUCUACUCCCUAUAUACAGCCAUGUUUAUUUUAUUUGUUAUUCACUGUAUUUAUUCCUCCACUAUUUAUUUUUUUCUUAUUUUAUCUCUGCAUUGUUGGAAAAGGACCCAUAAAUAAGCAUUUCACUGUUCGUUUGUCUGCGACGUAUGUGACUAAUAAACUUUGAUUUGUAUUUGUGCAUUUUCCCCAUGUGACUAUUCUGAUGCUGGUUUCUCACUAUGUAAUAACUUAGAUUUCACAUUUAAAGUUCUGUGAUAUGGUUAGCAUUUAAUGUAGUUCUUAAGCAAUCAGUCUAGUCUGAAAUUCACAAUGAACAGUAUUUGUGAAUUAUUGGGAACAAUAAUCUUAUCAACAUUAAUGUGUAGUAAUUUAUUAUGUAAUAUACUGUACAAUAAUUUGUUUGGACCUGUAUCUUUGUAUCAGGUAUCCAGCCUGUUGAACUAUGAAUUUCAAUGAUUUGAGGUAGCCUAUAUUCCAAUUUUACUUUCCUCUCAUCUUUGCCCUGUAAUGUUGCAUAUGACCUGCAAGUCGAAUCUUUGCUUUAGUGCUUCAUGCAUGUAUUGUAGCUAUGCAAUUGCAUUUAUUUACCAAGUUAGAUCUAGACAAAGCAAUGUUUUGUGUUUUAUACAUGAUGUACUUUUUUGUACUAGUCUUUCAAUAAAAAUAAUUUGUGAUUUUUGA